GCUGGGGCUGCGCUACGCCGCUGGUUCUGCCGCUCACCGGCGGCGGCUGUGGAGGCGCAGGAGGCGGUGUUGCCGCCCGGCGCAGCCAGUUUGGGCUGCUGGAGGCGGGCGGGGGAGGAGCGCCGCUGGCGGGCGGGGCCGGGCGGCGGGCGGGGCCGGCCGGGCCAUGCUGGGCGCAGAGCCGGCGAAGCGCUGCUGAGAUUCGGCUCUGCGCGCCCAGGGGCGGCUAAUGCCCCCCGCGCUCCCCACUCCGCUCCAGCAGCCGGGCCGCAUCUGGACUGGGCGCCGCGCAGCGGGGCCAACGCCGGGCCACAAUGUUGCUCGGAGCAUCUCUCCUGGGAGUGUUGCUGUUCUCCAAGCUGGUGCUGAAACUACCCUGGACCCAAGUGGGGUUUUCCCUGUUGCUCCUCUAUCUGGGAUCUGGCGGCUGGCGCUUCAUCCGGAUCUUCAUUAAGACCAUCAGGCGUGAUGUCUUCGGCGGCAUGGUGCUCCUGAAGGUGAAAGUAAAGGUCCGGCGGUACCUGCGGCAACGACGGACAGUGCCCAUUUUGUUUGCCUCUACGGUACAGCGCCACCCCGACAAGACGGCCCUGAUCUUUGAGGGCACAGACACCCACUGGACCUUCCGCCAGCUGGACGACUACUCAAACAGCGUGGCCAACUUCCUGCAGGCCCGGGGGCUGGCCUCCGGUGACGUGGCUGCCCUCUUCAUGGAGAACCGCAAUGAGUUUGUGGGCCUGUGGCUGGGCAUGGCCAAGCUGGGCGUGGAGGCGGCGCUCAUCAACACCAAUCUCCGGCGGGACGCCCUGCGCCACUGCCUGACCACCUCCCGGGCCCGGGCUCUCAUCUUUGGCAGCGAGAUGACCCCAGCUGUCUUUGAGAUCCAUGCCAGCCUGGACCCCUCGCUCAGCCUCUUCUGCUCCGGUCCCUGGGAGCCCAGCUCAGUGCCCGCCAGCACAGAGCACCUGGACCCCCUGCUGGAAGAUGCCCCCAAGCACCUGCCCGGUCGCCCUGAUAAGGGCUUCACAGAUAAGCUCUUCUACAUCUAUACAUCGGGCACCACGGGACUGCCCAAAGCCGCCAUUGUGGUACACAGCAGGUAUUACCGUAUGGCUUCCCUGGUGUAUUAUGGGUUUCGCAUGCGGCCCAGUGACAUUAUCUAUGACUGCCUCCCGCUCUACCACUCAGCAGGAAACAUCGUGGGAAUCGGGCAGUGUCUGCUCCAUGGCAUGACAGUGGUAAUCCGGAAGAAGUUCUCAGCUUCCCGGUUUUGGGAUGAUUGUAUCAAGUACAACUGCACAAUUGUACAGUACAUUGGCGAACUGUGCCGCUACCUCCUGAACCAGCCGCCGCGGGAGGCAGAGACCCGGCACCAGGUGCGCAUGGCCCUCGGCAACGGCCUCCGGCAGUCCAUCUGGACCGAGUUCUCCAGCCGGUUCAACAUCCCCCAGGUGGCUGAGUUCUACGGGGCCACUGAGUGCAACUGCAGCCUGGGCAACUUUGACGGCCAGGUGGGGGCCUGUGGCUUCAACAGCCGCAUCCUGUCCUCCGUGUAUCCUAUCCGGCUGGUACGUGUGAACGAGGACACCAUGGAGCUGAUCCGGGGGCCCAAUGGCGUCUGCCUGCCUUGCCAGCCAGGCGAGCCGGGCCAGCUGGUGGGCCGUAUCAUCCAGCAGGACCCCCUGAGGCGCUUUGACGGCUACCUCAACCAGGGCGCCAACAAUAAGAAGAUCGCCAAAGAUGUCUUCAAACAGGGGGACCAGGCCUACCUCACCGGCGAUGUGCUGGUGAUGGACGAGCUGGGCUACCUGUACUUCCGAGACCGCACAGGGGACACAUUCCGCUGGAAAGGCGAGAAUGUGUCCACCACGGAGGUGGAGGGCAUACUCAGCCGCCUGCUGGACAUGGCCGAUGUGGCAGUGUAUGGCGUAGAAGUGCCAGGAACUGAAGGCCGGGCCGGAAUGGCUGCUGUGGCCAACCCCGCUGGCAGCUGUGACCUGGAGCACUUUGCACAGCUCCUGGAGAAGGAGCUGCCACUAUACGCCCGCCCCAUCUUCCUGCGCCUCCUGCCUGAGCUGCACAAAACAGGCACCUUCAAGUUUCAGAAGACAGAGCUGCGGAAGGAGGGCUUUGACCCUGCCGUCGUGAAAGACCCACUGUUCUACCUGGACGCCCGGAAGGGCCGCUACGUCCGGCUAGACCAAGAGGCCUAUACCCGCAUCCAGGCCGGCGAGGAGAAGCUGUGAUUUGCCCCGAGUCCCUCUCAGGGCCAGCAGUUGCUGGAUCCAGAGCCCCAGCUCCCACCCCAGAGGAGUCCUGGGCAAUGCCAGACCAAAGCAAGCAGGGCCCAGCAGCUCGACUCUGAGGUGCUGACCCCCUCCUUUCAAACUGCCAAGUGACUCACUGCCGCCUCCCCCUUCCCCAGCGGCUUUCUGUGAAAGCCUCACGUUCAUGUGUGUCUUCGAGGCCAACCAGGGCCUCUGGGCCCCAGGCUGAGACUGACUGGGCCCAUCAGGAUGAUGUCUUGGGUCAGGGCAGGGGGAAGUGGAAGGUUGCCAAGUACUCCUCAGAGAGCAGGGAGUUUCGGUGGGACCAGGGCAGAAGCCCCCAGACUCAGGAAGACCGCAGAGUGGGCAGGGCCAGUGGUGGCCGUUGGUCCAGUGGCUGAAGAGGACCCUGGCCUGGAGCAGCUCUAAUAUGACUCAGCUCUGCCGGCGUCUCCAGGAGGAUAGGAGAAGGACCCUGACCUGCAGCGGGCGGCCCAGACUGAGAAGCCCCUUCUCCUGUCCUCUUCCUGGGUGGCUGCCUGGCUGGCCCUCAGGCAGCGCCUUUCUGUCUUUGUGGGUCUGUCCAUGUCACCUUCUCCGUCUCAGUCCUGGCCUGGUUCUGAGAGGAGGAGGGGGGACACUCGGGCCAAUAAACUGCCGUAACUCCCCCCA